UGCAUAGCAGAAUGAGAGGCAGAGACGGUCGGCGGGGCAGCGGGAGCGCCGUCUGGUGCCUCGGUGGAUUUAUCGACCGCAGCUGUUGAGCGGCUGUCAGACGUGUGCGAGGAGUUCCACCGCCGCUCUUCGAACUCCUCUUAGACAGAAAAAGAAGGCGAGCGAGCGAGUCUCGCCACGACCUCACAGAUGGCGGGUGAGCAGUAUGAGAGCAGCACGGAGGGCAGCAGCGUGCCCGGACCCGUGCCCGAGCACGUCUACAAGGUCGGCAUCUACGGCUGGCGGAAGCGCUGCCUCUACCUGUUUGUCCUCCUGCUCGUCAUCAUCCUGGUGGUCAACCUGGCCCUCACCAUUUGGAUCUUCAGGGUCAUGUGGUUCAACUCGGAAGGAAUGGGCCUCCUGCAAGUCGACUCAAAUGGCGUGAAGUUGGACAAGGGUGAAUCCGAGUUCCUGUUGCCCCUCUACGCCGAGGAGAUCCACUCCCGAGAUGACUCUCCACUACUUGUACAUUCAGAUACGGAAAACGUGUACCUCAAUGCCCGCGAUGAAAAUGGCGAUGUCACAGGGAGGAUGUCUGUGGGUCCACGACAGGUUGAAGGAUACACCCCGAACCUGCUCAUCAGCUCCUCCGGUGACAUGCUGUUUUCUGCAGAUGGCAAACAGGCUGUGAUUGGACCAGACAAACUGCGCAUCACAGGUCCCGAAGGAGCGCUGUUCCAACAUUCAGUGGAGGUUCCUCUUCUCAAGUCGGAGCUCUUCAAAGACCUGAAGUUGGAGUCUCCCACUCGUUCGCUCACUAUGGAUGCUCCAAAGGGAGUUCAUUUAAAAGCCUUGGCUGGAAACAUUGAAGCAGCUUCCAAUAUGGAUGUCAUUCUGCAGUCCAGCGUGGGACUGUUGGUGCUGGAUGCCGAGACAGUCCGCAUGGUCAAUCUGCCCCAGAGCCAAGGAGGAGUUUCUGGAAAUGCCGAAGGUCUCUUUGAGGUGUGCGUGUGUCCCAGUGGAAAGCUCUUUCUGUCCAAGGCUGGGGUCACCUCCACUUGCAGUGAUAACCAGGAGUGCUAAGAUGUGUGUGUGUGUGUGUGUGUGUGUGUGUGUGUGUGUGUGUGUAAAUCUAGCACAUCCUCGAACAAACACAACUCCCCCUGCUGGUGGGGAUCUUAUAGCGAUGUGAUCCACACAAGCUUCAAAACAAAAACAAACA